AUGUCCACACAAGAAGUACCAGAGACUACAGUAGGUACUACACCCGAAUCAUCUGAGAAUUCUGAACCCACACGUGAACGGUCUAUGGAAGAAAUAAUCGCUGAGAUGAACUUAUUUACAGCUGAUGAACUAAAAACAAAAUUGAAUGGAAUGAUGUGCAAAAUGCGGUCUACUAAUUUUGAAAUGGCUAAGGAAUUCAGUAAGUUUGCUAAAUAUGUACCAUCGUGGUUAUUAAAAAAAAACUACGAGCAGGAAUUUGACCCUAAAGUUAUUCUAUCUUAUAUGGCUGCUAAAAAUUCCGAUAAAAAAGUUAUGGAUAGAGAUAUAAGAAUGUUGGUUAAGUUAGGCAUUGAGACAGGAGACAAUUUGGAAAAAAUCGUUAUAAAAUCAUCACCAGAAUUUAAAUCAGAAUUCGAAAGACUUAAAAUAAAAUAUGAAUUGGUCUCAAAAGCUAAAAACUCAAAGUCUGCAGUGACUUUAUCCAGAAUUUGUGAGAGCGUCCCAAUAUUAACAUGCUUGAACCUUAAAAAUAAAGCUGAAAAUCCUAUUGUAUCUUUUGAAUUGAUGGAUACUAUUUGUAAGAACUAUCCUAGAGUGAUGAUGACGUCUGCUUUCGCUUAUCUCAUACCAAAUAAAGGGGACGAAUUUUGUUUAUUUUUAAAGAAAGCACACUUGCUUCAUCAAUAUCAGUUGUUUGCUACAAUUUCGCCUCAGAAUCAUCCGAGUUCUUCGAUUGACCAUGAACAUGAAUUUAUUUCUAAAGUUUACGUAAAAACUCAAGCAGCUAUCAAUGGAUCGCAUAUAGAAUACGAUGUUCAAAUAAAGUUUUUAAAAGAAAAUGAUCUAAUUGAGGAAGUUGAAAAUGAAAUAACUGUUACAAAAGGAGUUCUAGAAGCAGUCAAGUUGUGGGACGAAAAAGAAAUGCAACACGAAUUAGAUCAAAAGUUUUCUUGUGUCGAAGUUGAUGAUUACUCGAGUUUUAUAUAA